ACUUUGUUUUUGCUGUAAUUUUUAGUAUAUUUUACCCAAUAUUGGAAUUGUUUUUUUUUGUUGUGUGGAAUCGUGAUCGUAAGAACGUUAUGUUGGUGUUUCUCUUUUGUCAAUUAUGGGAAUUCCUAUGUUGUAUUCGUGUUGUCUGCCGGAAAAACGAUGAUUUUACUAUUGAUCAUGUGAAGUAAAAUGAAACUGCCGUCAUUCUACAAUUGCACAUAAAAUCCAAGAACAAGUUGUACAAUCGUUCUUAUUUUGCGAUUCGUUCACUAUCGGUAGUAAUUGAAUUGUUAGUUCCUAAGUUUUCUUUAUAAUUAGAACUAUGAACUUUUUUUUGGUAAAUUUUCCACGACUUCGCCUAAUUCUUCGAUGCAAAGAUGGACGGAAUUGAUCGUGGUUGCUUUCGAUAUUUAGCUCUAAAAUUGGGCCAAGCUGUGGAUAAUUAAUUCAAAAAUGAGUUAAUAGUUCUAAUUUUUCAAAUAAUACCUGAUACUAAAUUAUAUAAUGACUUUGUAUUAUUGUCGAAAUAGAGACUGGUAGAAAUCUUAAGAUUUUUUCUUAGAGUUUGUGUGCAUUUAUAGAAUAACAGUAGUUUCGUUUUACUUCGCAUGACAAAUAAUGUCAUCAGCAUUUUUCCUGUAAACAACAUGAAUAAAAUAUAGGAAUUCCUAAAGUUUAUCAAAAAUGAUUCAACAAUACUGCAGAUAGUUUAUGAAUUUCACAGUAACAAUAAAGAAAAUCUUGGUGCAAGUAGAUAAAUUUAGAAGUAGGAGUUAUACUAAUGGGUCCGAUUUUGCGAAUUCCGAAUUUUGACAUGUCUCCACGUUUCAAGGUCCCUAGAGUCGAAUACGACAGUUUUCCAGUCGACGUCUGUGUGUGUAUUAAACACUGUUAUUUCCAUUUUAUAUUGCUGUUAUGUAACGAGUCCUUGUUUUCCUGCCCUGAGAGGGACAUUUUAAGUACCUCACCUUAUAGGGCAUAACUCUGGGAGUGGCUCUACUUUUAGUGAUUGUGUUACUUGGGACGUGAUAUUCUCGAACCUUCAAAAAAUGCCCCAGGAUAUACGCAUCUAGCUCAAGGCCUUGCAACAUACCACUACGAGUCGAACCUCAAUUGACUGAAAACAAGUAGCAAGUUCGUAGUAUCAGUUUUAUCCACUUUGUUCGGCGGCCCCAGUUGUUUAUGGGGUGACGGGAAGCACCAAUUAUAUUGCAUUGAUUAUUGAAUACCUGAAAGUAAAGUGAAAAAGAUAAAAAGAAAAAAAAACCGCAAGAAAAAUUGAAAAUAAAGUCUUUAUUCGUUUGAUCCGCAGGUUACAGAUGUUCUGUGAAGAUUUCAGACCUGCAACCUGUGCCUAGAUGCUCCGAAAACCCCCAGAUACACAACAACAGCUGGAGUUACAAUUAAAAAAACGCAUCUCAAUAAUACCACCGAAACAUUUGGAAACUGCAACAGAAGCAAGCGAACCGGAGAGUGAUUCAACUGUACUCAUAAACCGGAAGGAUAGUAAUGAAAUGAACGAUAACAUCGAAAAGCGUCUUCAAAACCUUAAAAAAAGAAGAAAAUGGAACUUGACCAUGACGAAGGAGAAAAUGAUAAUUUUGUUGAUGACACUCUACUAAUAAAUUAUUUAAAACUUAUUUCAGAAAUAUAUAAAAUACAUUCGUUUUUCAAAGAAUAAAUUUCAAUUUUGUAACAAAGAUUUUGUUUGCAGUCUGAAGAUAAUUGCUUUAAAUGUCUGGAGUUGAAGGAAGAAAUAACAAAUAGGAAAACUGAUUAUGAUACACUCAAGCAGGAAAUCACUGAUGCAAAAAAAUAUAUGAGAGAACCAUAAAAAAGCUAGAAGAAUUAUUACAAAAAAAAAGAGGAACAAAUCACUAAAAUUUCGAAUUUGAACAAGAGAUACUAAAACACAUGCUUAAUGAAUUGGGAGAGAGUUGAAAAAGUACUAGACAAUCUGCGGCACUCAUUGUUCAACAAAAAUAAUAUUUUUAAUAAAAUAACACAAUCAGAAAAAUCUUGUACUGUAACAAAAGAUCUCGAUUCAGCAAUAAUACAGACUAACAAGUCAAUAUUAGAAACUAAUUGUCAUACAACGAAGUCAAGCAAUAAUCAAAAAAGACCUUUAAUUUCAAUAGAAAAUUAUAAAAAUGUUCCAACAUAUAAAAAAAUAAAAGAACAAACAACUCUAGAUAAAAAUAAUAACAAUUCUAAUAUAAUGGAACACGAUUUUCAAGAAACCACUAAUAUUGACCAUAACUUUGAAAUAGUAAAUGAAGAAACAACAUUAAAUAUUGGAUCUUCUAAGCAAUUGGAACAAGUGGAUGGCUUAGAUGGACACAAUCAGAACUCGCACAUAUCAGGGCAUAAUCCAAAUAUUUCAGAAGCUGAUCAACUCCAACCACCAACUAUACAGAUAAAAUCAACAAAUGAUUUAAAGAAAAAAAAUAAUGAUAAAAAUAAUAACAAAAUAAAAGAGGAAAUACUAGCUAUAAUAAAUAUUAAAAUUGAUAAAGUAGAAACAAUUAAUAUAUAUUAUGGAAAAAAUCCGAAGGGUAAAGAAUGAAUAAGCGGCUAUUAAACUCAAAUAUUAAUUCAUCAC